GUUUAACCCAAUGAGAGAGCUUAUCUCUUUACUACAUUUCUCUAUAAAAAUGAUCAUCUCAACACAUUUCUCCUUCAAUCUCAAAUUUCACAAAAACCCUCUCAGAUUUUUUCUACAAGCUGAUCAAAACCCAGAAUCCAGUUUUCAUAAAAACAUCAUCUUUCUUUUAUUCUUCUUUACACGCUCUGUUUUUCAUCAAUGGCGUCAAGGAAGCUUUUUUUUGUCAAACCUAAAUAUAUCUAUCCAGAACCAAAACCAGAGAUGUCCGAUGAGAAUGUCUUUGAAUUCGACGAAUCUGAUAUUCAUAACUUAGGCGAUCAUCAAUUGCCGAAUUCAUUCGACGCGAAAAGAUCGAUAUCAAUCUCUCGGUUACGGAGAAAACCGACGAAAACCGGAGAUUCAGGUAACCGGGAGAUUACAAAGACCGGUUCGCUUCCGGUUAAUAUCCCCGAUUGGUCUAAGAUCUUGAAGAGUGAGUAUAGAGGUCAUGCGAUACCUGACGAUGACAGUGACGACGAUGACGAGGAUGAUGACGAUAGCAACGACGGUGGGAGACGGAUGAUUCCGCCGCACGAGUAUUUGGCAAGACGGAGAGGAUCGUCGUUCACGGUGCACGAAGGAAUCGGUGGGACGGCGAAAGGAAGAGAUCUAAGGCGAUUGAGGAACGCGAUUUGGGAGAAGAUUGGGUUUCAGGAUUAGUAAUAUAAUAAGUAUGUAAUUAAUUAUAACUCUCUAUAGGUAAACUUUUAAUUACUUAGAGAUCUUAAGUAAGGACUUGGUGUUUUUUUAUUGGAGGGGUUUAGAGGAUCGUUAUAGUUUCGGUCCGAAGGAGAAUUUUUCCGAUUUCCUUUUGGCGUUAUUUUUGUUUUUUGGAGUUUUUGAUCAUCGUCUAUUUUUCUUUUUCUUUUUUGGAUAUGAUCAAUAAUAUUUUAUAUUUUUGUGUGUUUCAAAUAUGUUGAAUUUUGGUUGUUGUGUGGUUACUUCAAUUUUUACAGAAAUCUACAGAGAAAUAGGCAGUGGCGGAACUAGAACUUGCAGCUCUAGGGGUCAAAAUGUAUAAAGGAAUGAUCAUAGGGGUCAAUUUAUGUAUUUCAUUGGUGUUAAUUUAAAAACUGUAGCAAAAAAA